ACGGGUUGGGGGGAAGGCACACUCAAAGAGGAAGGUCUUGAGACGGUCCUUGAAGGAGGCAAGGCAAUACAAUAUUUCCUCAUUCAUUUACCACUGAUGAUAAGAAUGUACAAAAUCGGCCGUUUAAUGUUUUGUUUGACUUUGGUUGCAUAUUUGCUCUCAGGCAGAUAAAUAGGCUGAGUCAAUAAACAAUUUGCCAUGUUCCCAGAAAUAAUGCAGUCAUGAGGUAAUAUGUCAAAUGAAACAUCUCCUCAUUUGGACUGCAAAGUUAUAAGUCCCUCGCUCCAUGUAGUUUGUAGUGAAGAAAGAAAAAAUCACACUGGAUCCUUGUCUGCGUGCCCAGAAAAAUGCUUUUGCCAUUCAAACAUUGUUGACUGCCGCAACAUUGGUGCCAGGACCUUCCCACACAAACUCCAACCUGGAGUGGAAACGUAUUUUCUAGAUGAGAAUCAGUUGACCAGAAUAUCUAUCAAUGCCUUUGAAGAUGUGAAGACCUUAACCUAUCUUGGUUUAUCAAGAAAUAGCCUUCAUCUCCACAACUACACAUUUGAACCCCUUCUAAAUCUCCAGGCUUUGGAGCUGUCUGGGAACCAGUUGUCUGAACUUCAGGCAGAUCUGUUUGUAAACCUUCCAAACCUCACGUGGUUAAGUCUGGCCAACAACAACUUAAAAAGGCUUUCUAAUGGGAUCUUCAGGUCACAGAUGAAACUCACAUACCUGGAUCUCUCCAACAAUCAGGUAGUAUUGCUUCCACAGACCUUUAAACACUUGCCUCAGUUGAACACUCUUUAUCUCAAGAACAAUAAGCUGAGAAUGCUCCCAACAAUAGUGUUCAGCCACCUUCUUGAACUUGAGGUUCUCGACUUCUCGAGCAAUCAAUUGAGAUCUCUACCUGCCCUUUUCUUUGCUAAUCACCACAAACUUACUGACCUACGCCUGGACUUCAACAGAUUAAGCCACCUAGCCUCGACUCUGUUUGCCUAUCAGCAUGCUUUACAGUACCUAACCAUUUCUGGAAACAAUAUUGGAAACUUUUCUUCAAAACUGUUCAGUAACUUGACCAAACUCUUGCACCUGGAUUUAUCCAAUAAUUCCUUAAUCCGUCUACCCCUAGAUUUUGUUUCCAAUCUGGAAAAAUUAGAAGUAUUGAAGCUAUCUGAUAACUUCAUCAAUGGAUUUCACCCUGGAAUAUUCAGGCAUAACCUCAAAUUAUCUUACCUCCACUUGGACAGAAACCAGCUCACCAGCCUCCCUGUGUUUGAAGGCCUGCAGCAGCUGGAAGAGUUGACUCUCCGUUGCAACAGCCUAGUUACUCUUCCGUGGCGAUUUACUGACAAUCUUAUAGGACUGCGCUGCCUGCAGCUCACUGAUAAUCUUAUUAGUGAGCUACAUGUUGCCAUGCUUCAUGUCAACAUGACUUUGCUUUUGAUGAAUAAUCCAAUCUGUUCGACCAAACUGCAGACAACUUCAACUCAAUCCACAAAAAUCAACUGCACAAACAGACAAUGCUAAUGAAGAUGUUGGCAUGUUUUCAAAAUAAAAUUGCUUUUGGUCAUAUCUGUUAUGAACAAUUAAUUGUGUUUAUACAUAUCUAUAUACUAUAUCUAAAUUCAUAAAAUAUGUUUGGCAUUUGGAAUUAAAAGCAUAUUCUUUAAAUGAAAAAGAGCUGGUCUGAGUGUUGACACAACUCUAUCCUUAUUUCAAAUAGACUGAAGAGAAAUUCCAUGUGUUUUAUAGUUGGCCAUGGUUAACCUGAGCUUCAACAUUUGUACAGAAUUAGAUCAGAAAGAGCAAAGCCGGGUGCAGUUGAGA